CCCGCCACAGAAUCAAGCAGCUUUCCAAGGAUUCCACAUAAUACCAGGGGAAGCCUACAUCCACAAGAAACUGCUCACCAAGGGUGUGGAAGCAGGUGUGUCUCCACUGACAGAUCAUCCUUUACCAUGCUGUGUUUGCUGGUCCCUUUGGUCUAGCAGGAUGGUUUGGCUCAGAUGGACACUUCUCUUCAUGUUCCAUACUUUAGCAUCAGGAAACACAGCACCACAAUUCGUAAUGAAUGCCACCUUCUCUCUGCCAGAAGACACACCUUUAGGAGCUUGGCUUUUUCAGUUGAUAGCUGUGGAUGCUGACGGGGAUGAAUUGACGUACGGUAUGACAGGUACAGAAGCCUACUACUUCUCCGUCAGCAGUGAUUCAGGCAAUGUGACACUGAAGCAAAUGGUGGAUUAUGAGAAAACAAAGUUGAUAAGGGUUGAGGCUACUGUAGAUGACCACCACAAUACUCAGGUCUUAAAAAGACUCACUAUCAUGGUAAAAGACCGGAAUGACAACUUGCCAAUAUUUAUAAAUGAACCCUACAUGACAGAUGUCCUUGAGAAUACACCAGUUGGCUCCUCAAUCUAUAGAGUUUUGGCUAAAGAUGAAGAUACAGGAAGUGCUGGACAGGUGUCAUAUGCCAUUGAAGAAGUCCUUCCAAACAAUGAGGCCAAUUACCAGCUCUUCUACAUCAUGUUCAAUGGCACUGUGGUGUUGAAUGGCACACUGAGUUACAAUAACAAGAGCACUUUCUACAGAAUCAAGAUCAGAGCCAGGGAUGGCGGGGGACUGUGGGAUGGUGUGACUGUCCAUCACAGUAACACAGCCUACCUGUCUGUUACUGUUGUUGAUGUGGCUGACCUGGAUCCUCAGUUCCUGGGAGAGCCAUACGUAGGCUCCAUACCAGAGAAUUCCCCCCUGGGAACCCCAGUGUUGACUGUGAUGGCAAUUGACAGAGACAAGGAAGUGAACGAUAUCAUCUAUUAUAACAUUGCUGGCACCACUAGCAUGUUUACAAUCAACCGUACCACUGGGGUUAUCGCUGUGAGUGGCAAUCUAGACCGAGAAGGCGUUCCAGGUGAAGAGGUGCAGCUCCAAGUUGUGGCUCGAGAAAAAGAUUUGAACAUUUACCAGCAGGUGGCACAGGUGAACACCACAGUGAUUAUCCAGGUCACUGAUCUCAACGACAACACCCCUCAGUUCUAUUCGUGUGACUAUCCUGACUGCAACUUCACAGACUCCCCAGCGAGUAACUUUUCUGGUCAGAUAGAGGAGCACGCUUCCCCAAGGACACCUGUGACCAGCCUGAACAUUGUGGCCUAUGACCCUGACAAGGGUUCCAAUGGCACUUUUCAGUUGUCCUUGCUUGGUCCAGAUGCAUUUGCCUUCUCAGUGACCCCCGAUAAGAUUGUGAAUGUAGGCACGGUACAGGUGCUAGUGAGCAAUUCAAGUUUUUUGGACUAUGAAACGAUACCUACUCAUUCUGUGACCAUGGAGAUUGUCGCAAAUGACACCAGGAGGACAAACGAUUGCUGCUCCUUUGCUACAGUGACCAUCCGUCUUCUUGACAUCAACGACCACAGACCCGAGUUCAAUCAGAGCGAGUACAAGCUUCACGUGCUAGAGUACAGCCCGCCUGGUACCAUUGUCUCUUCUGGCAUCAAAGCCACUGACCCAGACAGUGGAAUUUAUGGAGAGAUCACCUACCAUCUGCUGCCUGACAGCAUACGGACCACUUUUAUAGUGAACGCAACAACUGGUACAGUGCUGGUGGCAAACGGCAGUAAGCUGGAUUGGGGAACUAGAUCUAUUUAUUAUGCCACGUUACAGGCAGUAGAUGGGGAUGGCUUGUCUGGUUCCACUCAGCUGGUGAUCUCAGUGGUUGACAUCAACAACAACCCUCCCAUUGUGAUAGGCUCUUAUAAUGUCUUCAUCGCUGAAGGCCAGGACACAGUCAAUGUCCAGAUCCAGGCCACUGACAAUGAUGAUCCAAUGACCAACAAUAGCCUCUUGCGCUUUGAGAUUGUGCCUGGUAUCUUCAGCAGCAAUUUCACAAUCGACCCGAACACAGGGGUGUUGAGCAGCAGAGGGCCCCUGGACCGCGAGGCAAUCCCUGAGGAGCUUGCAGGCAACGUGGUGGUGACAGUGCUUGUGCAUGACUUGGGUAUCCCACAGCUGAACACCACAGUCAACGUCACCAUCAUUGUGGAGGACAAAAAUGACAAUGCACCCAGAUUCAACAGCUCACUUUAUGUCUUCUCUGUUCAAGAGGGCUUGCAAGGAAUCUCUGUGGGCACGGUGGUAGCCACGGAUGCUGACCAGACAGAAAUCAACUACCGCAUUUCAUUCCGUAUCGUAAGCAAUGCAGGCUCAAACAAUUUCCGGAUACUCUCUAGUAGGCUGAAGGCUGGCUGGUACCAGGGGAACUUGCAGCUGGAGCCAGACAUUGCUCUUGACUAUGACCGGCUGUUGCAGAAGCUCUUCAAUCUGACUGUGGAGGCUGAGAAUUCAAACUUUGGGGGGUCCGUGGACAUUGCCACAGCCCUGGUGCAGGUGCACGUGCUAGGUGUCAACGAUGAGUCCCCCACCAUUGUGCCAUCCCCACCAAAUGAUGUCAGAGUGUUGGAGAACGUCACCCUGCAUGAGUGGGUUGCCACGCUGCAGGCCACAGACAUGGAUACUAACCAUUUCCUGGUGUUCCAGGAGUUAGCCGUCACGUGUUUUAACCGUUCGGCCAGUGCGGGCAAUGUGUGUCAUAACUGGUUCCUCUUAGAACCCAAUGGUUCUCUUGUUGUGAACUCUACUGAGAUAGACUACGAGGUUUGUGACCUAGUAGAACUGAAACUGCGUGUCAAGGAUGAGUUAACUGAGGUGGGAGACCCCUACAGUGGAAAUGAGACCUUAAGGAUCAUCAUCGGUGAUGUGAAUGACCACCCUCCGGAGUUCCUCCCUAUUGCCAAAACGUUUGUGGUCAUUCCAGAGAUCUCUGUAGUGGACCUGCAAGUGGCUGUGGUUAAGGCUAAAGAUGCUGAUUCAGGGGUGAACAGAAUAAUCUCAUUUACCAUCUCCAGUGUAGUUUUCAUCACGGAUGAUGGGUCCAGCCAAGUCCUUGAAAAUAUUUUCAAGGUGACAACAACGGCAGAGGAGGACGUCUACAUCGGGAGCAUUCAAGUUGCAAGCAACCUUGACAGUUCAUUGAAAGGUCAAUACCAGCUGAAAGUAGAAGCCAAAGAUGAUGGGAUGCCUCCACUGAGCUCUUCAACAUUACUGGAUAUCUUCACUGUAGCCAAGAGCUACCGAGUUGGGCUGCAGUUUGACCAGGCCUUGCAGGAAGUUCAAGCCAACUUAGACCAAAUCAAACUGACUCUGACCGCAGCCACCAAGUCAACGGUUUACGUGGCGACAAUCAGAUCUUUAGAGGACUCAUCAGCCUCCAAAUCUGACAGGGCUAACGGGAAGAUAAUGAUGGAGGCCUACUUUGUCUACAGCAAUGGCACAGCUCUGAUGUAUGAAACUGUCCUCAUGCUCAUCCAGAGCAACCCUGAUGCCCUGUCGCAGCUGCUCAGCUUUGGCCUGUCAAUCAUUGGCCCUGGGGAUGUGGCAGAGCUCGACAAGGAGAAGGAGCUGUUCAUUAUCAUUGCAAGCCUGUCUGUGGCCGUGUUGCUUAUCAUCCUCAUCAUGAUCACAACUUUGAUGAGCAUCAGGAAAAGUUACGUGAGGAAGCUGAAGGCCCUGAAAGCCCUUAAGGUGGCGUCAAAUUUCUCAGCAAGUGCAGUGCAGCAGGGACCUGCUAUUCCUGGGACCAACAAAUACAACACAGAAGGGGCUAACCCUGUGCUUGGUUUCUCCUUGGACCCCUCUGCACACCUUGACUUUGAGGACACCACCAGUUAUGAUGCAGUCAGCCUGAACUCGCUAGAUGAGAACACAGUUGAUGCUCCAUUGAACAGUUCAGCCACUCCUAUAAAGCUGGGCAGAGCAGAUCCUCGACUGAGAGAAAAUGGCUGGGAGGAGCCUUUGAAAGCUGCACUGGAAAGCCGCAUCCAUGAUUUAGAUGACAAGACACAGCAACCGGGACUCCCCAGUCAGGAGUGUUUCAGUUUUGACAACCCUGCCUUGGACACUACAGAUCUAUGA